GUCUCGGUGGCGCUCCGUCUUAAUCCUCCCCCCCUCAGCUUCUGCCGGGAGGAUCAAGAUGGACGGGGUGCGACGCUGUCUGGCGGCCGACUGAGGAAAGGCCUCCGAAAACUGAGGAGGAGGAGGCGGCGGCGGCGGCCGCGGGGGAAGCCCGGGCGCCGAGGUGAAGAUUGCAAAGCCAUUGGAUUUCUUCAGAGUAGAAGAUUAAUUAGGCCACAGCUAUUUGACUGGAUUUAAAAAAGAAUUUUGGUUUCUUUUUAAUUUAAGAACAGACUACUUUAAAAUCAUGGCAGAUGUGGACCCAGAUACAUUGCUUGAAUGGCUUCAGAUGGGUCAGGGGGAUGAAAGAGACAUGCAGCUAAUAGCACUGGAGCAGUUAUGUAUGCUGCUGCUGAUGUCAGACAAUGUGGAUCGGUGCUUUGAAACAUGCCCCCCUCGUACUUUUUUGCCAGCACUAUGUAAAAUUUUUCUUGAUGAAAGUGCUCCUGACAAUGUACUGGAGGUAACAGCUCGUGCCAUAACUUAUUAUUUGGAUGUAUCAGCAGAAUGCACUCGACGGAUCGUGGGAGUAGAUGGUGCUAUCAAAGCACUUUGUAAUCGUUUAGUAGUUGUGGAACUUAACAACAGAACUAGUAGAGACUUAGCUGAGCAAUGUGUAAAGGUGUUGGAACUUAUCUGUACCCGUGAAUCUGGUGCUGUGUUUGAAGCUGGAGGGUUGAACUGUGUGCUGACAUUUAUUCGUGAUAGUGGGCAUCUUGUUCAUAAAGAUACUUUACAUUCUGCUAUGGCUGUGGUAUCUAGACUUUGUGGGAAAAUGGAACCACAGGAUUCUUCUUUAGAGAUCUGUGUUGAAUCGCUCUCAAGUCUAUUAAAACAUGAAGACCAUCAGGUCUCUGAUGGUGCACUGAGAUGCUUUGCUUCACUAGCUGAUAGAUUUACUCGCCGCGGAGUUGAUCCAGCACCAUUAGCCAAACACGGACUAACUGAAGAGCUGUUAUCUCGUAUGGCUGCAGCAGGGGGUACUGCUUCAGGACCAUCUUCAGCAUGUAAACCUGGCCGGAGUAGCACAGGGGCACCAACUGCAACAGCAGACUCUAAAUUAAGUAAUCAGGUGUCAACUAUAGUAAGCCUAUUAUCAACUCUUUGCAGAGGCUCCCCCGUAGUAACACACGAUCUCCUAAGAUCUGAGCUUCCAGAUUCUAUAGAAAGUGCAUUGCAGGGCGAUGAAAGAUGUGUACUUGACACCAUGCGUUUGGUAGAUCUUCUUUUGGUAUUACUGUUUGAAGGACGGAAAGCAUUGCCAAAAUCAAGUGCUGGGUCCACAGGAAGAAUCCCAGGACUUCGUAGAUUGGAUAGUACUGGGGAACGUUCCCAUCGUCAAUUGAUAGAUUGCAUCCGUAGUAAAGAUACUGAUGCUCUAAUAGAUGCUAUUGACACAGGAGCUUUUGAAGUAAAUUUUAUGGAUGACGUAGGACAGACCCUCUUAAACUGGGCCUCAGCUUUUGGAACUCAAGAAAUGGUUGAAUUUCUCUGUGAACGGGGUGCUGAUGUGAAUAGGGGUCAAAGGUCAUCAUCUUUACAUUAUGCAGCAUGUUUUGGAAGACCACAAGUAGCAAAGACUCUUUUGAGACAUGGUGCCAAUCCAGAUUUGAGAGAUGAAGAUGGAAAGACUCCUUUGGACAAAGCUCGUGAAAGAGGGCAUAGUGAAGUGGUUGCCAUUCUUCAAUCUCCAGGUGACUGGAUGUGUCCAGUUAACAAAGGAGAUGAAAAGAAAAAGAAAGAUGCCAAUAAAGAUGAAGAAGAAUCAAAUGAGCCCAAAGGUGAUCCAGAAAUGGCACCAAUAUACUUGAAAAGACUGCUACCUGUGUUUGCGCAAACAUUUCAGCAAACUAUGCUGCCUUCAAUAAGAAAAGCAAGUCUUGCUCUCAUCAGAAAAAUGAUUCACUUUUGUUCUGAAGCUCUUCUCAAAGAAGUUUGUGACUCAGACGUUGGACAUAAUUUACCUACAGUAUUGGUAGAGAUCACUGCUACUGUUCUAGAUCAAGAGGAUGACGAUGAUGGCCAUUUAUUAGCUUUGCAGAUCAUAAGAGAUUUAGUGGAUAAAGGAGGUGAUCUUUUCUUGGACCAACUUGCUAGACUUGGUGUAAUAAGUAAAGUAUCAACUUUGGCUGGACCGUCUUCAGAUGAUGAGAAUGAAGAAGAGUCUAAACCAGAAAAAGAAGAUGAACCUCAAGAAGAUGCCAAAGAAUUGCAGCAGGGUAAACCGUAUCACUGGAGAGAUUGGUCAAUUAUUAGAGGAAGGGACUGCCUGUAUAUUUGGAGUGAUGCUGCAGCCUUGGAACUUUCAAAUGGGAGCAAUGGAUGGUUCAGAUUUAUUUUGGAUGGGAAAUUAGCUACAAUGUAUUCCAGUGGCAGUCCUGAAGGAGGAUCUGACAGUUCAGAAAGCCGAAGUGAAUUUUUAGAGAAGUUACAGCGGGCUCGGAGUCAGGUAAAGCCAUCCACAACCAGCCAGCCAAUUUUAUCAGCUCCAGGACCUUCAAAACUUACAGUAGGAAAUUGGUCUCUUACCUGUCUAAAGGAAGGAGAAAUUGCUAUUCAUAAUUCAGAUGGUCAGCAAGCUACAAUCUUAAAAGAAGAUCUACCAGGUUUUGUUUUUGAGUCCAAUAGAGGAACUAAACACUCAUUUACAGCUGAAACUUCUUUAGGGUAG